AUGACGCAGUUAAGUCUUCGGAUUGAUCUUGUAGAGCUGUUUGUCUUCACUUUCAGCAGCAUAAUAUGCAGCAAACAGCGCGAUGAAGACGACGGGUUCCGUCAUAAGCGUCAAAUAAAGAAGAGUACUCAUCUUUGGAACGCGAGCAAGGUGUUCUACGAGCUUGACCCCAGCCUCGCGAAACACGAUCGUGACGUCGUUAGGGUGGCCAUGAGUUACAUUAGGGCUCGCACGUGCGUGGACUUCUAUGAGGACUCGACUGCUACCAGUCGUAUACGAAUAUUCAAAGGAGAAGGCUGUUGGUCUGAGCCUGGAAUGAAAGGGAGAAUGCAGAACCUGUCACUGGGAAAGGGUUGCGACUCAGUGAGUAUUGUUUAA